CGGUGCCUUGCGCAUCAGCCUGCGUCGCCACCGUUGCGCCAUCAGCGGAUGCGGGAAUCGUCGGACGAACCGGCGCAAGUGAGACUGUUCUCGAACGAGGGGGGAGCGGAGCACGUGGUGCACGUGGAGAUGGCGCCAUUUGCGAGGGGGCGGCAGUUGACGGGGGCGGUGGAACGGCGUCCUCGGAAAAACGAAUCGGUGGCCAUUGGAAAGAGGGAUGACCUGGAGGAAGAUUCUGCAAGGCCUGCACAACAGAAGCCAAAUGUGCAGGACACUUCGAGAUAUCCUUCGACCAAAUCGCGUGCCGGACGACGAGGAGAUGCGGCACGGUCGAGGUAUAUGAAGUACUCCUGGAUGUGGGAGCGCAAAGAUGAGAGGGGCACUGUAGUGGAGACUAUACUGACCUACGGUAAACCUGACAGGGAGGUGAGGUUAAAGGUUAAUAUGUGCGGUGGUAGGGAGCAGGAAAUGAGGAGGAACAAAGAACUGCAGGCCGCUGUUACCGAGGCGCGCAACAGGGCCGAGCGGAGGUGCAGGCGAGACGAGGUGUCUGCUAGUAUGCGGGUAACGGUCACCUAUCACGAGAACGACUCGUCAACUGGGACCACGACACGGGAGCCUGUGGUUGGGUCAUCGCCGACAGCACGGCGCGACAGAGCUACUGUUUUGCCGACAGUGGCAUUCUAUGCCAGCGGGAGUAGUACUGGGGGGCUGGACGAGCGAGGAGUUCGGAUUGUUGGCAGGCCAUCUGCACCGUCUAUGGGGAUACGAUCCAUUGGGAGUGUUGAUGGUGCUCGGCACACAGCCACGACAGAGUUUGAGGACCGACACGGGAGUGCUUUGCCGACGAAGACGUCUGAUGUCCAUGCUACGAGGGCUGCGAAGGCGAGUCUUUCUCGGACGAAGAAGAAGGCCUUGACAAGGAAGGUGUCACGUUCGUCUUCACAUAUGCGUUCCCGAGAGAGAAAAUCCGACGUUGUGCAUCUCGAGGACGGAGAGAUUGCACCUGAUGGCAGUGCAUUGGAUGUUAGAGGGAGGGCUGCAACGACGGCGGACAGCAUCGGCAGGGAGGGUGCAGAGGAUGCAGUGGCAGGUCAGAAGAGACGCGGCGGUGUACUUAUCGUCCACGGCAACAACACGGAUGUCGCCCCUGGGAGAGACCACAGACACUGAUGAUGAGGGGGACUCCGAUUAAGUGCCCAAACUACGGGCGGCGGACAAAGAUGAUGGAGGAGGGCGACGAGUGAGACGGAGGACACGACUCGGGCCACAAGGGCAGCGGCCACAGGGCACACCAUCGGCGACGAUUCCCGCCCCCAUUCAUCGGUGAGCUCAGGCGCAGCGGCUGCUGUGCAAAAUGAAGGCCACUCUUGAAC